AGGAAAGCUGCCACUGCAUCUACAUCUGGCCCCGGAGACACGAGAACACAGGGAUCUGUCAAAUAUGCUGUUCUGUCACUCCCAGCCUGAGUCCUACCACCAGCAGCACUCUGCCAGUUACAUUAGAGAGGCCUUGGCGCCUUUUCUUAAAAAUGAAGAAGCUCGGCUUAUGUUGCAAAACGGUGCUAAGCAGGUGCCGUUCCAGUACGUCCUCUGUGCCGCCACCUCGCCAGCUGUGAAGCAGCAGGAGGAGACCCUCACUUAUCUCAACCAAGGUCAGUCCUACGAAAUCCGUAUGCUUAACAGAAAACUAGUGGAGUAUACAGAUAUAAGCAGCAAAUAUGUAAAGAGCAUCAUACGAGUGGUGUUUCAUGACCGCCGGCUGCAGUACAUGGAGCACCAGCAGCUGGAGGGAUGGCGGUGGAACAGACCUGGAGAUCGGAUCCUGGAUAUCGAUGUGCCACUGUCAGUGGGGGUGGUGGAGCCUUGUUCUCAACCUCUGCACCUCAACACCAUUGAGUUCCUUUGGGAUCCUGAAAAGAACACUUCAGUUUUCAUCCAGGUCAACUGCAUCAGCACAGAGUUCACCCCCAGGAAGCACGGUGGGGAGAAAGGCGUCUCCUUUCGCAUCCAAGUGGACACGUUCAGCCCGAAUGAGCACGGGGAAUACAUGGAGCAUGUGCACUCAUCCAGCUGCCAGGUCAAAGUCUUCAAGCCCAAAGGAGCUGAUCGUAAACUGAAAACAGACAAGGACAAGAUUGUUAAAAAGCUCCUUCAGGACAGAGAGAAGUAUCAGUUGUCCCAUGAGACCACCGUGCUCACCGAGUGUUCACUGUGGCCUGACACCCUUAAUCUCAACAGUAGCAGCAGCACACUAUCUCCGGCUUACCACAGCUCCCCAACCUCAUGUAGUUUCACAGAUGGCAACAGCUCUCCAAACCAGCAGGAGGACCUGCUCAUGCCCGGCUGCUCUGAUCACCUUGUGCCAUCGUCCUCGCUGCAGGACACUCAGCAGUGGCUGCACCGUCACAGGUUCACGCCUUUCUCAAGGCUCUUCUCCAGCUUCACAGGUGCUGAUCUGUUGAGGAUGAGCAGGGAAGAUCUGAUCCAGAUCUGCGGCCCAGCAGAUGGUAUUCGCCUUUUUAACACCAUGAAGGAAAGGUGUAUACAACCUCGUCUCACCAUCUAUGUGUGUCAGCAGCAGAACACAGAUCCUCCUCCAGUCAAGCCAGGUGGAGACAUCUAUCACGCCCUGUAUCUGGAAGAGCCGACACUGUUGGACCUUUCUGAGAAGGUCGCCAUGCUUUACAGCAUCACUCCACAGCAAAUCAUCCACAUCUACAGACAGAAGUCCUCAGGGAUCUACGUCCUGGUGUCUGAUGAGAUGGUGCAGAACUUCAGUGAAGAAAUGAGCUUCAUCAUCAGCACUGUCAGAAAUGAAAAAACUAACGGCUACCACGUUGUGUUGAAAUGACCCACAGCUUCCUGCCGUCUUAGAAUUGUACACAUUACACUUGUUCAAUGAGUUAUGCGACACUGACAAAGAUUUUAGUUUACUUUUGAUUUUGUAUUACAUUUUCCUGGUAUUUUCCUGUUUUAUUUACCUAUAAAAUAACUAAUUUGUGUUUAACACACCAUCAGCUUGUUGUAUAAUCCAUUAUUUCUGCUUU